UGGACACAGCGGAGAACUCAAAGGAGGAGGAAUCACCUGCGAUGGACUUGCAAGAGUUGCCGGAAGGUUGCAUAGCCAACGUGAUCUCGUUGACCAGUCCUCCAGAUGCAUGCAGGUUCUCCUUGCUUUCUAAGGAUAUCAGGUCCGCCGCUGAAUCCGACGCCGUUUGGAGCAAGUUCAUACCGCCUGAGACACACACGAUCCUUUCCCAAUCCAGCUCCCUCUCCUCUUCCCCUCCGAAAUCAACGAAAGAGCUCUACAUGGCUCUCUGCGACAACCCCGUCCUCAUCGACGAGGGCAAUAUGAGCUUUUCACUAGACAAAUGGAGUGGGAAGAAGUGCUAUAUGAUAGCUGCAAAGCGCCUUCGGAUUGCUUGGGGUGGUACUCCUCAAUAUUGGACAUGGAAGCCUCUGCCUGAGUCCAGGUUUAAGGAGGCGGCCGAGCUUCGUUUUGUAUGUUGGCUUGAAAUCCGUGGUAGAAUUGAUACGCGCAUGCUGUCUCCAUCGACGACAUAUAAAGCUUAUCUGGUGUACAAGUUAACUCAAGGCACUUAUGGACUAGACUGGCCUUCCGUGGUCACAGUUGGUGCAAGAGCUCAUGGUUUUGAUUAUGAAUGCCCUGGUUUGAUGGAAAUAACUGCAGGCAUUAAGCCCACUGCGAUUCUGGUGCCCCAAAGAAACAUAGAAAUCCAUAUUGAAAGACAGGUUGGAAUAUAUCCUGAACUCAAUGGAGUAAAAUUUCCAAAUGAAAGCAGGGCGGAUGGGUGGCUGGAGAUGGAGCUGGGUGAGUUUCAUUGUCAAGGAGAUGAAGAAGGGGAGUUGGAAAUGAUUUGUUGUGAGACUAGUAGGGGUAAGAGUGGUCUCCUAGUUCAAGGGAUUGAGGUCAGACCAAAAAGGAACUAGCUAGCUAACUCAAAUGUAGUUCUCCAUCAGGGUCAUAGACUUGCCAGCAAUGUUCAAACAGCUACCAUCAGUGGUGUAAUCAAAUUUAAUCGAUAAGAGUUUGGUUUUGUUUGUUGAAUUUUCAGUUUGCUUCCA